AUGUUGCAGAAUAAUAGAUUUAACACAUCUUACUCUCCGUUCAGUACUCGAGACCAAGCACACCAAAAAUUAAAGACGCCAUUGAGGUCCACAGCAAAUCAAGGCUCUCCGGUACGCCUUGCAGUUUCUCAGGAAUCCACCGCGAGGAAACCCAUAUCCAAUACAGCCCUUCGACCAACACGUACCUCGUCACUCAACCUUUUCUCCAUCAUUAGUAAAUUCGAAGCCCUCGAUGCUGUCAGUUUGCCCUGCCAGAUUCCGGCCCUGCAACCCGCUCCACUUCAGGUCUCACAUAACUCCGUGAAAAGACGAGGAGAAACAGGCGCUACUGGGCAUAUGAAGAAAUUGGAUACCGUUUUCAGUCCAGACAACCAUACCCCGACCGGCCGAAAGACUCGUUAUGACACUCAGGAGAAUACGCAUCCUGAACAAGAGUCGGAGAGCAUAUUUAACGAACAGGAAACCGCGGGUACAAUCAGGAAAUUAACGCCAGUGAAAAGUUCGUGGAGAAACUUGUCCAAGAAAAACUUGAGUUCGAGAAGAUCAAGGAGUUCACUGUUAGGUAAUGGAAGGGGAAGGAGUAGGUCGAGUUCGCCCACCAAACCUCGUAUUCAGCCCUGGAGUGGAGGCAUGAAUUCCAUUGAAAGCGGGUCACAAAAAAGGGGAAAGAGUAUCAAGGACAUGAUUCGGUUUUAUGAUGGUGCAUUUUCUAGCCCCAGAACUACAAGAGCAAAGCCUUCGCUUAUCAGUACUCCUACUCCUCAUACCCCCCUUUCCCGAAUGUGUCAUGAAGAGAAGAAAGCGCUAUAUUCUUCAGUAAGACGAAAUUUGGGAAGGCAGGAAAAAUGGCACGCCGAAAAUAUAUCACCCAGAACUCCCUUUACAAAGAAAGCGAACGAAAUACCACCAUGGAGAACGCAGGAAACUGUUUCUCGAACAAGACCAGGUUCGCAGUAUUCGACUGGACCUAAAACACCGCCUGGAAGCCUUCACAUCAGCCCCAAAAAGAAUUAUCAAGGGUCCGAUAGUAAUAAGAAGUCCUCACCGCGGCGUUCGUUGCGUGCUAGCAUGUUUAACACGCCCGACGGUGGGGCAGUCAUUGACAAGAGUCUUGCAUGUUCACCCCCAAUUUCAUCCGGCCAAGGUAGAUAUACAGCCUCUUCGAAAGAAAUUGGGAAGCGUUUGAGCUCAACUAGAGCAAAGGUCGGCAAUCAGAUUGAAGCAUUAUAUAGAGCUAAGAGUAUGGAGAGGCAGAGAGAAAUCUCCCACGAUACGCACAACGAUCAUAUACCAACUACACCGACAAGACCACAGAAAGGCAAAGUCGGCAAAGACGUUAUGAGCAGUCCUGGCAUUUCCCAACCCAAGUGGCCGGCCGAUGUUAGUCCGUCUCGCGUCCUAGAAAUGAAGAAGUUGUUUGAGAAGCAAAUACUGGUUGAGGAAGAGACAAUGCUGUCUAGCAAAUCUCCUGCGAAACCACUCGUAGACGAAGUUAGUUUGGUCGAGAGCGAAGGAACCGUGAAACCAAGUCAACGGCCUUCCCCGCCGCCGCCUCCACCUCUGCCAAACUUUAGUAGUAGAACGUCAGGAAUCUCACCAAAGACUAUACGCGAGACACUGCGGACGCCCCCAGGGACUGUUACCGCAAGUACAGCCCAUAUAGAGAUUCCCGAGUCUCUUGUUGUCCAACCACUCAAAACUAAGCGAGAGGAACCUAAAGGACAACGAUUGAAGAGCAGACUUCUGGGUGAAAAGAUAAAACUAUUCGAAGAUAUCGCUCAGAGGAAAGCUAGGCUUGAAUCUCGAAGAAAGAAACGAAGUUUUUCAGGCAAAAAUAAUAUUCCUUCUCUCCACAGCCGAAAAUCUAUAUUUGAAAUGGCCACUCGGAAGACGACCAAGUCUAGUUUCAAGUCUCUUAGUCCUGAGACUAUCCAGGAGACUGUCGAAGAUGUACAACAUGAUCUACUGAACAAUCGACGUAGCAAACGCAAAACCCAACAGGAAAAAUUCUAUAACUUACCUCAGGAUGCGACUUCGGACUUCUCAAACACAAGCUAUCUGACUGCUAGAGACGACAUGCCCAUAUUGCAAGCGAGCACGAACGUGUCGCUAGACAUGGUGGUCAAAGAGGCACAAUGUGGGCUACGGGAGCCCAAACCCAUGAGAUUGGUUGAGAUGAAAAGGAUGAUGUUGCUGUGUCGUGAAAAAGCUGGGGUUUCUAGUUCGAUGCCGGGGACGAGAAAGGCCAAUGUUUCGAGCGCGGGCUUUGGUAGACUCGAGGAUGUUUAA